AUGGCGGAUCUGCUGAAAAUCAACAGCGAAGUGAAUGAAUUUCAAACUCAUUUCUUUGUCAGAAGUUGCCUGGCAGAGGACAACAGAGUGAAAGAGAUCCAUGCUGCCACCCAGAUCCAGAGCUGGUUUCGAGCCAGCAGGAUUCGGUCUUACCUGCGACAUCUGCACAGGAAGGCCACCAUCAUCCAGAAGUUCUGGAGAGGCUUCACAGCCCGGGCACUCUUCAGAGAGAUCAUCAGGACACAGUAUUUCGUCAUGAAGAUGAUUGUCUACAACCAGAUGGCCGUCAGGAUCCAGAAAACCUGGAAGGGCUACUUUGUGAGGAAGUUUGUCCUCAACUUCUACGUACGCAGGAGCUACCUGGAGGCGCUGGCUGUGAAAAACGAAAUUGUGCGCAGAGAGUUGAACCAACUGGAGGAACUUCACAUGAGGGAGAAGGAAUGUCUGGAGGAGAUCAAGGAACGCAAGGCCAAGAUCUACAAUGCUCACCACAUGCACCAUCAUCUCAGCACUCAAACACAGGCUGGCAUCUACAACUCCCCAUUCAGAGAGGCCCCCCACAAGAUGGAGCUGUUACUAAGGCAGGUGAAGUACAAGACCCCUACCAAGGUGCCCCACAGAGGCCAAGCUGCCCGAACAGCCAGCAUCUCCCCGGGCUCAUCAUGUCUCAAGACUAGUCGCUCCCUGAAGAACGGACUCCCUCCGCCACCAGCAACGAUGAAGCAGGGUCCUCGCCCGCAGCCAGGGGAAGUGUGGGAGCAGCGUAUCUGCCUGCCCGAGCUGACAUCGCAACUCCAGUCCACCUACAGGAGCUUGAGGUGGACCCAGAAAGAGCUUCAACAGCACGAGGCUACGAUCCUCAGCGAAGGGAAGGAAACCAAACUUCUGUGCCUCAAUGGCAACACUCUGGUUCCGCCAGACCUGACCAGGACCUGCAGAUAG